CGUGCGCACCUCCACCUCCCUCUAGCGGGCAUGCGCGGCUCCGCGCAUGGCUUUGCAUUGAUCGAGUAAGACAAAAAAACGGGGAGCCAUAGGGUCUACUUGUACCUCUGGAGCCUUCGACAGUCUAACUUCGCCUCGGACCCGAGGGGCCGGUCCAGUGGCCGCACUCGCGACUUAUAACUCUACAAUGGAGACCGAAUCGGCUGAGCCUCGCUCGACGGAGAGGCUUGCGGUCCCUACCCAUGAUCCAUCGGUUAUGAAGCUGACCAGAGGACACUCCUGCGUCUUAUGCCAGCAACGCAAGGUUCGUUGUGAUAAGCAGAAGCCCUGCGCCAAUUGUGUGAAGGCGCAGGUUGAGUGCAGGGUUGUACCCCCUCAACCCCCAAGGAGGAGGAAGAAGAAGCCACACGAGCGGGACCUGAUCGAGCGCCUCAAGAAGUAUGAGGCGCUCAUGUCCCAGCACGGAGUCGCCUUCGACCCCAUCGGCCAUGACUUCAAGCCCCCGGAUGGCACGGACGAUGUUACCGACCUGGAGCAGGACCUCAGCGGCCUGAAGACUUCCUCGGGUGCAAGCACGCGGGAAUACAACUCCCCCGGGAGUCAAGAAGCCGAAAAGUUAGUUCUACCUAGUCUACCUACCUUACCUAACCCCCAUUUUUGUUGUAACAUAUCUUCGUUUUAUCUUCUCUGCGGACAACGCUCCCUGACAUCUGACUACCUUAGACCGCUCAAAUGGUUCCCAUACUACAAAGAGUAUCGGGCCCACCACGAUGACAUGCUCACCGAUUCCUCGGAUGAGGAUUUCGAGCGCCCCACCAUUCAUCAUGCCUUCGACACCAUGUUUGACAACACCGAUGGCUUUCCCUUCGUCGUCGGUGGCUCACAGGUCCGCGUAACAAAUUCACACCCGUCGGCCAUCCAGAUAUUUCAGCUGUGGCAGAUCUACAUCAACAAUAUCAACCCUCUCUUGAAGAUAAGUCACGUACCGACUCUCCAGGCGCAGAUAGUCGGAGCAGGGGCAGACCCUUCUAAGAUCUCGAGGCCGCUCGAGGCCUUGAUGUUCGCCAUCUACUUCAUAGCCGUCACAUCAAUGAAAGAUGAGGAGGUCCAAAGUACCUUCGGCGAGGACAGGGCCGUCCUCCUGACUAAAUAUCACGGAGCUACGCAGCAAGCUCUGGUUAAUGCCAAUUUCAUGAGGUCAACAGAAAUCAUGGUCCUGCAGGCCUUGUUCUUAUACUUGAUUAGCGUGGUGCGAUACGUCGACCCCCGGUCUCAUUUCUGCUUGAUUGGCAUUGCGGUUCGUAUAGCCACACGCCUCGGUCUGCACCGUGACGGCGCCCAGUUCAACCUACCACCAUUCGAAACCGAGCAACGGCGACGUCUCUGGUGGCAAAUUGUCGCUUUGGACAAACGGAUCGCCGAGAUCACCGGGUCGGCUAUUACUGCUCUCUCCUCCAGCGGAGGCGACUGCCGGCUUCCCCUUAAUGUCAAUGAUACGGACCUGUAUACUCAUGCCAAGGACCCCCCGGCACCCUAUGGAGGGCCGACAGAGAUGCUCUUCUGCCUCACUCGCGUUGAGAUGACCGUCGCAGCCGCUCCCGGCGGUGUCCGACCUAACCCAGUGGGAGCAGGCAACAGGCCACGCGUGCAGUACAGCCCGUCUCCCUCGUCGCCCGAUGUUGUUACGCAUGUAGCCAACCAGAUCCUCCCCCACGACCUUGAAGCCUACUGCGCAUACAUCGAAUCAGUCUACCUCAAGCACUGCGACCCCAAGAACCCCCUUCACUUCUUCACCCUGACUAUGACGCGCAUGUCGCUCUGCAAGCUUCGCAUCAUCGGCUUCAUGUGUCGGGGCGUCGCCGCCACCAGCGUCGACGAUGUGGAACGCGACGCCCUCUUCGUCGAUGCCAUCCAGAUGGUAGAAUUCGACAACGUCAUCUACUCCACCGACGCCGUCCGCGGCUUCCUCUGGUACACCAAUCUCCACUUCCCCCUACCGGCCUACAUCUUCCUCGUCUCGGAGCUGCGCCGGUACAACACGGGCGAGCUAUGCGAGCGCGCUUGGCAGGCCAUCUGCGACAACCACGAGCACAGGGGGCUGAUUCGCAACCUCAGGAGCCCAAUGCACAUCGCGUUCGGGAAUUUGUUCAUCAAGGCCUGGGACGCCCACGAGGAUGCUGAGCUCCAGCUGGGCAGGACUGUGCAGGCCCCCAGGCUGAUCACGCUGCUGCGCCAACAUAGGUCCCGGUAUGUGUCGGGGGUCUCGAUGCCGUCGAAUGCGGGGCAGGGCAAAGGCGCCCCAGGCGGCCCGGGGCCCAAUCCUGCUGCCGGAGGCGCACCCGGGAACCCGGACGUGGGCGGACCGGGAGCGGCGGCGGGAGAUCCAUCCGGCAUGUAUUCUGGCGGCAAGCCCGGCCCGGAAACUGCCAGGCAGAUGGGGCAGGGGCCCGGGGCGAUGACUGACGACAGCAUGAUGUUCCCCUCGGUCGACAUGGCCAACCACAUGUUUAACUCGACCUUCCCGGAUUUGGGCAAUGAGCCGAUGGACUGGAACUAUCUGAUGCAGUACGGCGGGUUUCCGGGGUUCACCGGUCACCCGGCCGUUUACGCGCAGCAAGGUGGUGGUCCCCAUCCUCAGCCUCCUGUGACACAAUGAGGCAGGCGCCUGGGGUGGUUUUUGGGCGGAGGGGAAAUUGGGAUGGUUUCUCUUGCUUUACUUUUUCUUUUUUUUAUAAAAAAAAAGGAGGUCGGAUCGCGGAGCUAGGCGUAGGAGGAAGGAGGCUGUUGGGUAUGGGAUACCUUUAUAUACCAUUCAAUUCAAGGGGGAAAAGGAUCUUGCGUUGUUUAUAUUGCUGUACAUAGUAUACUUCGGUCGACUCUGGGUUUGGUUCUGGUUACCCGGUUGGAUACGUGCGCGCACACACAGAGAGAUAUAAAUAUAUAUAUAUCUAUGGAAGUCCAACUUCUUAACUACCGUUGGC